CAUGAUACCAAUAUUAUUGAAAUAGCUUUGCAAGAAAUUGCAAAUGAAAGAGAGAGAAAUACUACACAAUAUGAUAAACUAGAAUUUCAAAUAUUAAAAUUUCAAGUGAUUAGUGAUGAAGAACAAGAGUUACAAAUAAUGGAUAUUAUCGUAGAUAUGAUAGAUAUAGAUGAAACUGAUAAUGAAACUGAUGUAGUUA